GCGGUGAAUGUAAACAAGAAGCCAGGCGGAAUCAGGAAACAAACAAAUCAGUCGCCUACUCGCCUGCACGACCCUGCAGUCCUGCAGAAAAAUACGAGAACUUUUGUUGACUCUCAUUCGUUUCUUUUGUCCCCCUCCAUUCUCGGUGUAGCAUGAGCGAGAAUAGAGGGAAGCAAGACAAUUUUCCUCUUCAACUGUCCAGCUAAAGAUGCUUAGCAAUGAAGAUGAAGCCUUACUUCAGGAUGCUGCCUUUCAACUCAUUGCUUCCAGUGUGGACCCUAAAGCACUCUUUCAAGAGAUGGUUUCAUUGUCAAAGAAAGCCAGGCUUGACAGCACCAACUCUCUCAGUGGCUCUCUUCAUGUUGAGAAUCUCCUGUCUGUGACAUGUGAAGUUGGGGCCCCUGAGAAGUAUGAGAAUUCUGUUUUGGCCACACCUGUACUGGCUAAACAAGUCCUUGACCUUGCUUCUACUUUUCCAUUUCCCUGUUCUUCCAGGGAUAGGAACACUGAGGUGGAAUUUCAAAUGUGUAUUCAUUUGAUGAACAAAAGUAUUCAGAAGGGAGUGUUCAUCCCAUCCUUGUGCUGGUCGAUGCUCUCUGAGUGCCAAUUGCCCCUGGAGAUGCUGUGGAGGCUCCAUGAGUGUCAAGCCAUUCAACUGGACGCCUAUCUCGCCAGCAAAGUCUGUGAGAAGUCUUUUCAGUGUUCCGUGGUCAAGGAUCUCGUGAAGCUUUGUCAGUGUACCCAGGCAGAUCGUCCAGGGAAGCGGAAGGUGCUUGCUGGAUUGACGUCUCAUUUCUUGUUGAAAGGUUACUUGGUUGAGAAUUCAUCGCUUCGAAAAGUUUACACAAAAAUGUUGGAUGGUGUACUUGAAGCGUUAAUAGAUGUGCCAGAGAGUGGGGACGAGUCUCCCCGACCGCUGCUGCUGACUGAUUUUUCUGAUUUUGAGGAAAACUUUCCUGUUGAAGCGUUGCGAAAGUUCUCCCUUCACGCCUUGUCAGUGUUGUUGGCUUACAAAGCGGAAUUGUCAGCUGAGGAAAGUCUGAGGCAGCAGGGAGACUGGGACCAGCUGAGCACGCACGACACGAUGAGAGAGAUGAUGAAACAGCUCUUCUUGCUUCUGGAUUGUGAAGAAGUUGUGGGAUGUCUGGAGCGUUUCCUGGCAGCGGGCCGCAUCAACGUCAGAUCCGUCUACACGUUCUCCUCUGCUCUCCUAGUGUCCUAUGAGAACGCCGCUCCUGUCUUGUCAGACUUUGUGAAGAAACGUCUGAGUGAGGCUGUGGAAAGUAGCAGCGUCCAGCAAGUUGCCUGCGCCCUGCUGCUCUCUCGCCUCUCCUCUCUCCUGGGCCCACAUCUGUUCCCGCCAUAUCAGGAUUGGUUCCAGGAUGCAGUUGGAAAGAACUCAAGCUCCGUGGCUCCGACUAAAUCCACGUUUUUGUUCUUGGUGAACUUCCUGUCCAGCCUUGUGCCAGUGGAGCGACCAGAGUAUCUCAAGGCCCAUAUUCUGAGACGACCGUACGUGCCACCGAAGGGCAAGGAGACAUAUGAAGAUUACGUGAUUCUGGCUAAAACAAGAUUAGUGGAUCUCAAAGUACCCUUAAAUGACGUAUGGGGAGGAAUAUACGACAAUCCUUCUAGCUCUUCAGUGUCGACAGUGACAGCAGCAAAGGCUGACGCGGCAGAGCAGGAUGUGGAGAAAGCAGUCCAGGCUUUUGCAGACAGCGGGAAGAUUCCCACAGCCCUGAUUGAAGCCAGCAUCUUCCGGAAGCCAUAUUUUAUUGGGAAGUUUCUCGCUGCUUUGCUGAAACCUAGACUGUUGCCCGAUGAACCAGACAUGAGAAUGAAAUUGAUAGAGGAGGUCAAGAGGUCGGGCAGAAUUCCGGAGAAUCUGUACUCUCGGUACCAAGAGGGAUGCCACAAGGAAAGACAGGCUCUUUUAGAGGGUGACUGACUCUACUUACCCGUUUUUC